AUGUGUCAGUGCUCCUGGAAGUUCCCAUGUUACCCUGGUACUUGUAGUUCUGGUACUAACUGUAGGUGUACGCCUGGAUUUGGAGGAGCGCACUGUGGAAGUAUUAUCAGUGAUUCACAGAGCCCAAACAUUACAUCCUGUAAGGCAACUUUGAGUGACCGGACAGGAAGUCGAGAUCAUUCAGAGGCAGUGGCCAGCUGGCCAUAUAACACAACAGUUUAUGUGAAGAGACAGGAUUGGAACCACGUGAAAGUAGAGUGGACAAGUAACUACAAUUUGACCACAGCACCACCUCGUCCUUCUUAUAUUAGGAGUAUACUGCUUGGAAUUGUGAGCGGAAAUGCUCACCUGAGGUGGCAUAGUCAAGAUGAGAGGUACCUUUUUUCUCAUACUCUUCCUUGUGGAAAUGGUGAUAGUGCAAGUAAUCCUAACCAAGGCAUCUCCAGUUGCAGAGUGGAAUACAGUUUUCCCAGACAUACCAUAAAACAUGAAGACAGGUUGGAAGUGGGUAUAUCAAGCAGGAAUGGAGGCUACAAGGUAGUAUUAAAUACUGAUACUAAUUUAGUAAAAAACCAUGCAAUCAAAGGACGAGAUGCAACAAGAAAUUUCACCUACAUUUUCGACUUUGAGGAACCAAAGCAUAUUUGCCGUGACCUGGAUAAAUGUGCAGAAAAAGACUCUGCCUUAAUGACUUAUGUGGCAAAAAAUGGAACCCAGCCUCAGCUGGAGAUCCAGUGGGCUAACUGGGUAGAUGUAACAUCUGGUAUUGAGAAGUAUGUCUACACCAUCAUCCGUGGCAGCAUACAAAGUGGUUUAUCUGUACAUAAGAAAGAAUGGAGAAGUGGGAAUCCAUGGCCGGUGUACAUUGUGAACACAGGAACUUAUGCUGUUCUUCUGAAAGUUUUGGACAGAGCUGGAAAUGAAGCAACUGUGUCUAAAGAGAUCAAUGUUGACGAGCACCUCCCUACUGUCAGUCCAAAUUUUUGCCCCAGUCAAAACUGCUACCCAGGAUUCUGUGUCCCUGACACUGGAAAUUGUAUCUGCACAGCUGGAUUUAGUGGAGACAACUGUAAUACAAUCAGUGGAGAUAUCCAGGAUCCUACCAUCAAGACAAUACAGAUUAUGCUGACUGCAAAUCACAGCCUACCCUAUGUGUAUGAGAAUGCAGCAGAAGAAUCAAACAUCAUUAAUCUGUACACCAAUAAGCUUGACUUGGCAGAUUUGAAGUUGUCAUGGGAGGCAGAAUACAGAAUGAUGGGGGAUUUGCCAUCAAGACCACCAUCUGUGUCAGACUUCCAGAUAGGACUUGUUUCAUCUAAGGCUGAACUAGAAAUUGAGUCAGCUGGUGGCAGCACAAAGAAAGAGGCGACUCUGGACUGUCUUAAAGCUGACACCUCUUUGGAGUCCUUUGUAUCCUGCAGCCAAACCCACAGACUGUAUGGAUCUCGAAAAGACCACGACAGACUAAAAAUUGUCCUGAAAGCUGAAAAUGGUGGCCACAAGAUUGCUUCUGGGCAAAACAUUAAAUACCAAGGAAAAACAGUUCAGCGCCAAAUCAACAUCCACUAUGAUACCGAGGCUCCAUAUAAUAACUGUGCUGCUGGCUCUGGGAAAUGUGAAGAUGAAGAAUUGAAAGUAGCAAUUGGACAACAAAUUAGUGUUAAUAAGAAAGAAAUACUUUUGACCUUAUCAUGGGGUGAUAACUGGAAGGAUGCAUUGUCUGGUGUUGCAAAUUUCCACUACUUCAUUUACAGCUACCUUGGUACCAAGAAGAUAGGAUUGGGGGAUGCCCCUCUUGCAAAUGGCUCUUGGACAGCAGGAGACAGGUUUCCAACAUAUGAUGUGAAAAGUGAUAAAGCUGCAUUUACAGUUGUGCUCCAAGUGCUGGAUAAGGCUGGGAAUAAUAUUAGAGUGAGACGCGAUAUUGAUUUGACCAGUCCAAGAGUGGCAGCUUUGCUUGGAAACGUACCAAGUGAUGGUGGAGGGGAUCAAAGUGGACUUCUAACAGUGCCAAUCUUCUUCUUCAUCCUGGUUGUUGCUGUGGUUGCGUUGGGAGCCGUGGCAGUCGUGAGACGGAGACAUGGUUAUCCUUGGUUGUGGAAAGACGAAAAGUUAAAAUUUUGGCAACCAAAAAAAAGGCAUGAAUAUGCAACUGCAGUUUACCAUAAUGACACAUAUGAUGAAGAUGAAGACCAGGGCAUUUACUAUGAGAGUGAGGCAUACGGCAGAAGUGUGGAAAUUUCCAGCAGCCAUAUUGUUCUGGGAGACACCCUCUGCUAUGGACAUUUUGCCAUAAUUAGACAUGCUGAGUGGACUCCUGAUAGACAGAAUUCUAUGGCAGUUAUUGCAAAAAUGUUGAAAGAUGCCAAGAGCAUAACAGACAGGCAGUUGAUGUUGGAUAAGAUCAAGUUUGUUGGAGAUGUUCCUCGUCAUGAGAAUGUUCUGGCCAUGCUCGGAAAGGUGACCGAUGACUUCCAGACAGGUCCAUACAUGGUCUUGGAGUACUGCAAAAAUGGCACCCUUCGUGACUGGUUGCUGGCACAGAAGGCAAAGGGAGGUGAACUGAGCGUUGACACAGCUGAUCGUAUGACGGAGUAUGCUGUACAAAUAGCAGCAGGGAUGGAACAUCUGAGUAAUAACAUGAUUGUCCACAAGAGACUGAUGUCUAAGAAUGUCCUCCUCAAUGGUAAAAUGGUUGCCAAGGUGAUGGGAUUUGGUCCUGAGGGAAAAGAUGCAGCCAAAAACAAGAGUCGUUUACCCACCAAAUGGAUGGCCUUGGAAAUUCUGCAGGAUCCACAGCUGAAAUAUACCACUGCGUCUGAUGUCUGGGCCUUUGGUAUCACUUUAUGGGAGAUAUACAGCCUGGGUGACCUUCCUUAUCCUACUGGACACAAGGACAAACUGAUAACUCUGCUGGAGAGUGGAACCCGCCCAGACAAACCUGUAGAGUGCCCAGAUGAUAUCUACAACCAAGUGAUGCUGAAAUGCAUGGACCAUGACCCAAGCAAGCGUCCAUCAUUCCAACAGAUCAAGAACCAGUUGAAUGAUUUCUUCCACCCUCCCCCAGAUGACAGUGGCAUAUACUAUGGUUUAUAAGAGUAGCUGUGAACAUGUGUCUUGCAUUGGAGAUGGAAUUAAGAACUAAUUACUCUUUGGAGAUUGAAAUAAGGACUGAUUACCGGACACUGAUAAAAAGAUUUUUUUUGCAGUCUUUAGAAGACUCGA